AUGGCUCCUACCACAACUUCUAUAACCAAAAUAAUUAUGGAAAAUAUAACCACAGUGAACGGAUUUCUCCUCAAGGGGUUCUCUGACAAACGUGACCUUCAGAUCUUGCAUGCUUUGUUCUUCUUGGUGACAUACCUAUUCGGCUCAGCAGGGAACUUCAUCAUUAUCACCAUCACAACACUGGACCCACAGCUCCAGUCUCCAAUGUAUUACUUUCUGAAGCACCUUUCCAUUCUGGACUUUUCAUCCCUUUCUGUCACAGUUCCCCAGUAUGUUGAGAGUUCACUGGCAGGAAGUGGAUAUAUUUCAUAUGCACAGUGCAUGCUGCAGAUUUUUUUCUUCACAGGCUUUGCUUCGAGUGAGACGGCCAUUCUCACAGUGAUGUCUUAUGACCGCUAUGUGGCCAUCUGCCUCCCUCUGCACUACGAGGUCAUCAUGAGUCCCAGAAAGUGCACUUUUGCUGUGGCAGCUGCGUGGCUAAGUGGAAGCAUCUCUGGAAUGUUAUACACAAUAGGUAUACUCUGUAUCAGAUUCUGUGGUGACAGAAUAAUUCACCAAUUCUUCUGUGAUGUCCCCCAGUUGAUCAAGCUCUCCUGCUCUAAUGAUUACCUUGUAAUAAUGGGAGUGAUUAAUUUUGUGUCUCUAAUGGCCUUUGUCUGCUUUAUUGGGAUUGCCAUCUCCUAUGUCCACAUAUUCUCCACAGUUCUCAGGAUGCCCUCUGCUGAAAGCAGAUCUAAGGUUUUCUCUACUUGCCUUCCCCAUCUCUUUGUUGUCUCAUUGUUUCUUUCUACAGGAAUCUUUGCUUAUCUAAAUCCAACCUCAGGUUCUACGACUGCUUUGGAGUUUUUAUUCUCUAUCAUUUACACAGUAUUACCUCCAACACUCAACCCUGUUAUUUACAGUCUAAGAAAUAAGACCCUAAAGAGUGCUGCAAGGAAGUUACUAUUUAGUACAACAUUUGCUGCUGCCAUAACAAAUUUUGUUUUCAAAAUGAUUAUGAAAAAUGUAACUACAGUGAGUAGAUUUCUCCUCAUGGGUUUGUCUGACAACCAUGAGCUGCAGAUCUUGCAUGCUUUGCUCUUCUUGGUGACAUACUUAUUCGGCUCAGCAGGGAACUUAAUCAUUAUCACCAUCACAACACUGGACCCACAGCUCCACUCUCCAAUGUAUUACUUUCUAAAGCACCUUUCCAUUCUGGACCUCUCAUCCCUCUCUGUCACAGUUCCCCAGUAUGUUGACAGUUCCCUGGCACGAAGUGGCUAUAUUUCAUAUGGACAGUGCAUGAUUCAGGUUUUUCUCUUCACAACUUUGGCCUGGAGUGAGAAGGCCAUUCUUGCAGUGAUGUCUUAUGACCGCUAUAUGGUCAUCUGCUUCCCACUGCACUAUGAAGUCAUCAUGAGUCCCAGAAUGGGCACUUGGGCUGUGGCAGCUGUGUGGUUCAGUGGAAGCAUCUCUGGAACUUUAUGUGCAACAGGUAUACUUUCUAUCAGAUUCUGGGGUGACAUAAUUAUUCACCAAUUCUUCUGUGAUGUUGCCCAGUUGCUCAAACUCUCCUGCUCUAAUGAUUACCUUGCAAUAAUGGGAGUGGUUAAUUUCGUGGCUGUAAUGGCCUUUGCCUGCUUUAUUGGGAUUGUCAUCUCCUAUGUCCACAUAUUCUCUACAGUUCUCAGGAUGCCAUCUGCUGAAAGCAGGUCUAAGGUUUCUCUACUUGCCUUCCCCAUCUCUUUGUUGUCUCAUUGUUUUUUUCUACAGGAACCUUUACAUAUCUAA